UGCUGCCUGUGGCAAACUCCCGUGUUGGUGGCAGUCGCUUCUCCUCACACCCUUGCGAAGGAGAGAGAGAGAGAGAGAGAGAGAGAGCAUACUUCAAUACAACCGCAGCAGUCAUCUUGUUGCGGCAGCGAGAGAAGAAGUGCGACGACUGGAGCGCGGCUGAUCCGAAACGCGAGAAGAAACAACCGAGAGAAGAAGCAACCUCGAAUACUGCAACCUGACACCGGCCGACAUAUCAUGACGUUCCAAGAACUUCUCGGGCCGUCGCUGAAGGACUCUGCCGAGAACGACGUCCCCACCGCGGCGGCCCUCGAAGGAAAGGUCGUCGCUUUCUACUUCUCCGCCAGCUGGUGUGGGCCAUGCCGUGGAUUCACCCCGCAGUUGGUGAAGACCUACAACGCCGUGCGCGCAGCGGGCAAGGAGUUCGAGGUGGUGCUCAUCGGUUCCGACAGGAAGGAGGACGACUUCCUUCUGUACCAUAAGGAGAUGCCGUGGCUGGCGCUGCCUUUCCCGGACAGGGAGAGAAAAUCCUCCCUGAGCACCAAGUUCAGGGUUCGCGGCAUCCCCGCCCUUGUGAUCAUGGACCAAGACGGCUCGGUCAUCACGCCGGACGGGCGCGAGGUGGUGGGCGACGAUCCUGAGGGCAAAGACUUCCCAUGGAGGCCUAAACCCCUAUCGGAGCUCAUCGGGACCGAGUUUGUGACCAAGCCGGGGACCCUCGCGGGGGAGGAGGUCGUCCGCGGCAAAACCUUGGCCCUGUACUUCUCCGCGCACUGGUGUCCUCCCUGCCGAGCGUUCACGCCACGCCUGGUGCAGACGUACAAGGACCUCAAGAAGAGGGCGGGAAGCGACGACGUCGAGUUUUUGUUCGUGAGCUCCGACAAAGACCAGGCGCAGUUCGACGAUUACUUCCGGGAGAUGCCGUGGGCCGCGAUCCCUUUCGGCGACGUCAACCGGAGAAGGGCGCUCGCCACGCGGUUGGGGGUACGAGGCAUCCCAACCCUGACCACCAUCGACCGGGACGGCGUGGUGAUCAACCAGACAGCUAAGGGGGCAGCGAUCGCUGACGCAAAGGGUCUGGAGUUCCCGUGGUGGCCGAAGGCCGUGGAAGACCUGUCGGUGAACAGCCAGAGUAACGGCUUCCACGUGCAGGAGAUGCCGUCGCUCAUCGUCUUCAUGGAGGCCUGCGACGACGUAGAUCAAAAGGAGGUGGAAGAAGCCCUGCUGCCGAUCGCCACGGCGGAGGCGGAGGCUGCGAAGGCCAACGGUGGCCAACCAGUGUUGAUAUUCUUCACGGUCAAGUCGGAGGCCAGCUUGCCGACACAAGUCCGCAACGUGUGCGACCUCAAGACGGUACCCGAUUCGCCCCAGAUGAUUAUCGUCAACAUCCAAGGGAAUGGGGCGUACCACCUCCCGCAAGGAGGCAUAUCAGCUCCCGUAAACGCAACGACGAUCAGGGAUUUUGUGGAGGCCUACAAGUCGGGGGCGCUGGAGAGGUUUCAGCUCUCCCGGGGUAAAGGUUAAGGGGCUAUAUAUAUAGGGCGCUCGCGAAGGGGGGCACCGCCCCCCCCCCCCCCGCA